AUGGCGGAGACAAACAAUCAGAGUAGCGCUACCCUAUCCACCCAAAGCGAGCCCGGAGAUUUAUAUGAAUAUGAGCCAUUGCCCACCCCCACGUCCAUUAGACUCAUAAAGGUGGAGGGCAAAGACCAAGACGGGGCAGUCCAUGUGCGCCUAAAGACCAUUGAUCUAAAAGACGCGCCUUGGUAUCACGCCGUCUCCUACACCUGGGGAAACCCACACACGGAGUUACCCCACGCUCAAGCAACUCAUGCGGCUUACUCUCAAAAGUAUCCGCCUGAGUACCGAGAGCCUAUAGUGGCAAACGGGAAACGUCUCUAUGUCAGUCGAAGCGCAUAUGACGUCCUAGUUUCCGUGCCGAAGGACGCUUGGGCGAAGCGAUGCAACCAGAGAAAUCCCAAUAACCAACUUCGCGCGAGUAUCCAUUCAGCCUGUAUGACGAACAAGAUAGAGUUUGUCGAGGAGCUGAUCUCUGCCGGGGUUGACAUAAAUGUUCAAGAUGAACUUGGCCGGACUCCGCUGUCCUAUGCCGCAAGACUUGGGAAGCCUGAUUUUGUGGAGCUCUUGCUCGCUGCUGGUGCCGAUCCCAACAUGGUUGAUGAGAAUAACGACCGGCCUGUCGAUCAUGCUCGGGAAAGCGGAGUGGACGAGGUUAUCAAAUGCCUCGAAGAGGCCGAGAAAAGAGAUAAAGCGGAUGGUCCUGCCACAUCAUGGCCCGAGGGCCCCCAGAUGUGGUGUUGGGUCGACCAGAUCUGUAUUGAUCAGAGCAACCUCGAAGAGAGAGCUUCACAGGUGUCAAUCAUGGACCAGAUCUACGAAUGUGCUUCUUACACUCUUAUAUGGCUCGGGUUAGAGGACGCUUAUACCGAGACUGCUGUCGAGACGAUCUGCAAACUGUAUUCCGCGCAAGGAGAUUUUAUUCAUGGCAAUGACAUUAUUCCCUACAAGCACCAGCCCCAGGAGAUAUACGACACGGCUGAUAUUCCGUAUGUUUCGCUAGCAGAGUGGACGGCUGUCGCGACGCUUUUUCUACGGCCGUAUCUAAGAAGACUCUGGGUGAUACAAGAGAAUAUUCUCUCCGACACAUGUCUUGGAUAUUGCGGUAGGUUCGAGGUGCCUUGGCGGGCAUUCUGCACAGUUGCGCAACAGAUCUACUUCCGGCAGCUCGUUCUGGGGAGGGUUACUUCAACGGAGUUCAUCGACAUCAACAGUCCCGUGGUGGCCAUCGAGAGUGAGAUAGUGCAUCUGACGCAGUGGAAAGAUCGCCUACAGAGGGGCGACCAAGCUUCUAUGCCCAAAGCCCUCUCGUUAGAGAACCUCCUCUUCGAGACCUGGACCUUCCGCGCCACCGACCCAAGAGACAAGGUAUUUGGGCUUUACGGUCUGUUGGCCAAAGCUGGAACUGUCCCCUGGAAGCCGGACUAUUCGAAAUCUGCCGCGCAAGUCUACGCAGAUGCCACAAAAGAAGUGAUGAGGAACGCCGGUGAACUGCGCAUGCUGUCUGCCGUCCUCGAUCGUUCGCUCCACAACAUCUCAGACCUCCCGUCGUGGGUUCCCGACUACAGCGUCCCGUUUUGCAACAUGAUGUGCGCUAAUUACAACGCUGCUGGACAUCUGCCCCAGCAGGCUAUCCAACCCGCCCCUUGGAACAUACUCACAGUAUCCGGACUGAAAAUCGAUACCGUCCUGCAAACGGGAAACACCACUUCUGGGCCCAAACAGAUCUCCAUGUUCUUCGACGCACGCUGGUUCGAGCUCGCCUUGCUCGUCCCACACCCUUACCACAACAGCCAGGCACGAACCGAAGCACUGUGGCGCACAUUAUGCGCGGACCAGAAGAAAGACGGCUCAUUCCCAGCGCCUACAGCGUACGGGGCCCUUUUCCGAAACAUGCUGUGCAGACUUACCUGUGUUAAAGCAGAGGAGACCGCCAGAGCUGCUGAGCAAGAUCCAAAUGUAGUGGUGCUUGAGGCAGCCCUAUACCAUAUCCGACAGAUUCUGUCAAAUCCGCCGAUUUCGAAUCUCUCGCUCGAAGAUAUUCAACGCACCUUUGGAGACCCAGACACAAAUCUCAGCAGCCCUGACCUCCAGACUCUCACUCAUCUUCUUUACAAACUCCAUUUUCUCGGCGUGGUGGAGGAGGAUCCCUGGACGCCGACUAUUGAUGAGAUCGAGGGGUCUUACCGUAGUGCGAAAUGGCAGACAUGGGAGGAGAGCAGUGCACUUCCUGGCGAUGGUAUCGAGUACCACGAGGCACUCCGAAGUAAGCAUGGUAGACGGUGUCUGUUUGUAACCGAGAAGCGGUUUCUCGGGCUUGGUCCUGCAUCGAUGCUCGAUGGAGAUGAGGUGUGGGUUGUACCUGGUGCUGGUGCUGCAUUCAUUCUAAGGCCAGUUGGGCAGGGAACAUUUGCUUUGGUUGGUGAGGCAUACGUGCAUGGAGCCAUGAAUGGGGAGGUGAUUGAACAAAGUGGCGCGGGCCUUUCUAGUAUUCGUCUUGUCUAG